CCCGGGCUCCCCCGGCGAGGGAGCGGCAGCCGGGGCGCUCCUCCGGGGCCUGGCGGGGGGAGCCGCUCCCGGCGGCCGGAGGCUGGGCCCCAAGGGCCCUCUCCCCCUCGCAGCAGGGCCGCUGCCUCCCCCUCCCCGCCCCGCCGCCCUUCCUGCGGUCCUUCGCCCUUCCUGCAGGCCUUGGCUGCCCUCCCCGGCCAGGGUGCCCUUCCCUGCGGUCUCCCGGGGGAAGAGAGACCUCGGAGUGGCUCCAGACGUAUUUGAGUACGUUUCUGACCCCAAUACAAUGCCUGACGAGGACAGGAUAGGCUAUUCCGCGGUGAAAGCUUGUGCCUUCUUUUUGUAGCAAUGCAUAUGAGGAGUAUGCUGUAAACUAGUCAUCUGACAGACUGCUCCUCCAUUCCCCAAAGCAACUGCCUUCAGGAUCUGACUAACUCUGGGUGCACCCAGUUGUCAUAAUUGUCAUAAUUUCUCCUUCAAUUCCUUUUAAAAAGGAAGGAGUGAUUUUUUUUUUGUUGUUGUUUCUUAAGAAUCUGAUCCUGCAACUUUCUGUUUUCUUAUACUGAAGUUUAUAGCGCAAGUGCAAAAGUCACUUUUGCCGCUGUAACAGUCAGUUUGUGGAGUUCACGGAACUGGUUGUUUGGGGUUCCUGCUGCACUCAGAAAUCAAGUUCUGAGCCCUACUUUCAAAAUACAAAGUUGUGUUACUUGAUUAAAAAAAAGAACUAUCCAGGAAAUGGGUGAUUUUGAAGCAAAAUUGGAACCAGUUGUAUUGGACACCCAAUAAGCUGAUCAGGCUGAACGGAUAGGAUUUUUUUUUCUGGAUGGCCUAGUGGUACAGGAAGAAAGCUUAGAGAAAACUUCUCUUGCUGUCCCUUCUCAUCUAAAAUGGCACCCUUCCAAAUGACUGCUUCCAGAGGAAAUUGACUCUUUUUGAGAUUUAAUAAAACAUUUCAGUGAGGAAGAUGAAUUGUCAUUAUUUCCAUAAUAAGUUGCUGUCAGGGCCUGGCAUUGAUUUCAGACAUAUAAAAAGAAUGAGUGUAUGUUUGUUCAGCAUGCUAGUCUCCCCUGAGAGCAACUGCAGCAGCUUCAUCAGUGCCCUCAGUCUGAAAUUUAUUUCUAAUGCCAGUCCUGACAGCAAGGAGGAAAAGUUGAUGGUGGACAGAGGGAAAGGUAGAAGAGAGCCACCUAUUAGUAUAGGGAAGAAGGGGUUAUGGACUAAGGGAAAGCCACUACAUUUGGGAAAAAAAAUACUAUCUAAAAAUUUGUUAAGGAUUUGGGCCUGCAGGUGCUGCUACAGCUGCAGGUGCUGCAGCUGCAGAAGUCAUGUCUGUUGCUGCUGAGCAAGAUGGAGAGAGCUGCUUUUUGGAGUGCAAUACGUUAAAGCUUGUACUGUUGCCUAGAAGAAGAGCAAAGGUUUCUCUUUGUGGGACUUCUUCCGUGUUGAUCCUUGGUUUACCUGGUAUGCCAUCUCCAGCAUACGUGUAAGGAGAAGAGAGGAAAAACAAACAAAAAAACAUUGGCUAUGAUAAGCCACGUACUUACCUGAGGACAUCGACUCUACAGUAAUACCUCCAAGUCAAGCAUUUUGUGCAUCGAACCAUGGCUAACAAAAUAAGUGUCACAGCUGGAAGUACUGUAAGGGAGGAAGAAUUUGCCUUUAGUACGUCUGUGUCAGCCAUCUCCCCAGAUAGCAGUUAUAGCAGUGGGAGUUUGAUGCAUGUUCCCAACUCUUUUGCAGUGAUGAUGUAGAAAAGUCAGUGGGCUUUUUUUUUCAACUCAGAGAAGCAGGAAUGGACUCUAAUUACACCCAGGUAAAUCAGAGCUGUCAAAAAGAGUUUCCAGAGAUGUGGGUCAUAUCAGUACAAUUACAGCAGCCAUUGCAGCUGCAGCAGUAGUUGUUCCUGGAGCAUCUGGAGAAAAUAGAGGGAGUUUUCUUUGUGAAAGCAGUACUGACAAAAGCAUUUUGAUGCCAGAAAUCAGGAUAAAGACAUCUGCUGCCUGGAUUUUCUUCUCUGUUGAUGCUCAAUAUUCAUGACAGACAUCUUUGUCAUGUCUGCAAUGUGUCUAAUAAUUGUGUCAGUCAAGGCAAGCCAGGGGCUCGCCUUGGCAUUUCCAUGCUGCUGCAACAAUUGCAGGUCAUGCACCCUAUACGCUGGGCCAGGAUCUAAAAAUCUGAUGGUGCAGUUGGUAAUGAUGAAGUUCGGGAAGCACUUGUGGAUUCUUCUACCAUUCCACAAGAAUUCUUGAGGUGAAAAUUUGAGCUAUUUCUUUUCAAGGAAUAAGCUUACAGCAAGCUGUGUUUAGCAUCUCCAGGUUUGGGUGUUCCUACUGCAGCUUCAUCUACUGAGCCGAGUCUUGGUAGGAGAAAGACUACAAAUGCUAGCUGUCAGACUCAGAGACUCUCAACUACCUAUUGCUGUGAAGAAACUGAGAUUAGAGAAUGUAGUUGCAUAACAGAGAAAUGGAAGUAUUACAAAAUUGAUUAUUUAAGAUUUUUUUUCCCCAAACACAAGCUUUUCACAAACUCAUACGGACUGUGGCAUGAAGUGAUCAGUUGCCAUCUAGAACACACUCUUUCACAGAAGUGGUUGUGGAAGGUUUUGGAGAAAACAGAAUGCAGAAAAAUGCAUUUAGCAAUUGAUAAGUGAACCUGUGAACUCACUACAGACCACCUGACAGUGAUGGCCUAUUGGCUAUCUUGUGAUAAGCUGCCUUCCUCUGACUGCCGCAGCAGAAGUCCCCUUUUAGAGAAUGGGCAGCUCACUGUAGCUGGCUUCGCUAAAAAUUCUACAGCAGCAAGUGUCCUACAAGAACCAAGUUACCAAAUUGGCAUGUGGUUUUUCCUGAUUCCCUCACCCUUGGCUUUGUAGCAUUUGACAACACUGUGGCAACACCUGGCACUGUUAUCAGUACCGUGUUUUACAUAUAUUUCAAGUUUAGUGAUUUAGAACUUCCUCAGAGCAAGAGCACUGAGAACAUCUUAGCAGUUGCUUAAGAGAUUUGCUGUCACUUUCUCAUUCUGCUAAGGCCCAUCAAAUUCUUCAGGAAAUCCAGGAUGCAAAUCAUCUUUCACAGAAUCUGCUGGAGCAGGAAAUAGCCACUCAGUGGACAUCUGCCUUUUAUGUGUUAAAGCAACUGUAGAGCAGCAGAAGGUGGAGCACAGCUACUGCGUGCAGCCUCCUCCUGGGAGGGUGGAUGGGGCUAUUCUCAACUCAUUCCAGAGGUCCCUGAUGUCACAUGCGUGUGACAUUCUUAAGCCAUUUGUUUGCGGCAACCACUCCGGAACUGCGGGCGUGCACUGCAGGUCCUGCUCGAGUGCUGCUGUCCUCGGUUUGCCUCCUCCUGACUUUGCAGGAUCUGUGGAAAGACUCAAAUCAAAGGUGCUUCUGUGGCUCUUGAACUGGGGAAUGAUUUGUCUUAGUCUUGAAACCAAUUCUCUGCUGAGGUGGGCACUCAAAUCCGAACACUUCACCUUGGCCACCUUAGAUCUGUACUUUAAAGGCAGUUUUGAAGAACUGCUGGGUUUUUGAAGUGUUUAGCUGUAGAGAAAUCUGUAUUGAAUGAGUGUCUGAUCAGAUAUCUGCUUCAGUACAGGGUUAUGUUUUGAAAGUUACAGAAGUGUUAGGCCGGUCAGCCUUUUAGGAACAGACUGAUUUGCCUCUGACCUUAACUCAGGCACCAUAAAGUGGCUCAUCUUCAAACAGUUGCUGCAGCCACCAAGAGGCUGUUGUGCUCCUUAGCUGUGGCAACCGUAGAAUUCUCCGAGGUCAGAAUAAAAGGUGAGCGCUGGCUUGUCGGCGGAGGAGGCUCGCGGUGGCCGUGUUCGCUCACGCUGCUGUUCUUGGCUGGCAGCCUUGCAGUCUUCGCUCUGAGUGGGUCGUGAGUGACAUGUUGUCCCCUGUCCCUCCCCACCCUCCUCAGUUUCUGAAUGUGCACCUAGUCUAGGAUUAGAUACUGUUGAACAGCUAGAAUUCAUUAAAACAAGUCUAAGGAGUAUUAAUUGCAAGUGUUCCACUGUUAGCUUUAGACUUUGAUAGAGGAUGAGAUCCCUUGUAGUAGGGAGGAGGUAUUAGCAAGAGAGUAUUCUGUGCUUCAGACCAUUGGAAGUGCUGAAUACGUACAGUUUAUGUAGGCACUAUGUGCACUAUUUCUUACGAUUUUUUAACACCUAGUGCACAUUGCACUUUCAGCUAUGGAAUGCGCUAACAAGUGGGUGAAUCGAGUGGUCUGUUUUGCAGCCGAGAUAACACUGACAGAUUGAAAAGUGAGAUUGGAACGUGCAGUUCUUGGUGCUCUUCCUUCCUUGUCUUCUGAUUGUCAACUCGUACGUAGCCUCUUAUGAAGAGGGGUGUUAAGCACAUUUGCUGUUUUGUAAUGAGUUAAAGGCACACAAAAAUAGACCAGGAAUAGAGACUGUCAAAGCUAAAGUAGUUUGUGCUUUAUGACCAAAAAGUACCUGUAGGUAUAUGCCUAGUUAAGCACAGUGCUGUAAGUACUGAAUAAUCCUUCCUUUGUGUGUGUUGGAGUGGAGAAGAAGAAAAAUUUGUUGUUCCCCUUUUGCUUUUCUGUGAAUUCAGUAGAAGACAAAUGCUGGUCACCAAGCUGGAAGCUUAAAAUGAAUUCAAAAUGUUAAGUGCAGCUCAAUCUUAAUAGAAAAACUUUACUACAAUUCUGGAAGGAGGGGGGAGGGAGGGAAAAAAAAAAAAAAAAAAGGCCUUAAAAUUCUUACCAGCUUUUGAGAGACUUGCUGAGUGCACCAGAGUUACUCAUUUUUAUUUGGGCUUUCAGGUGUUAGUUAAGUUGAAUGCUGCUUAGCACUCAGAUUGCCAAGUUAACUGACCUCAGUUAAAAAGAAAAAAAAGGUCUCUGAGUUAUUCCCCCCCUUUUUUUUUUCAAUGAAAGAACUUUUCUGGAAUUUAUAGCGGUGAGUUUUUGUUUUGUUUUAGUCUUACUUUCUUCCCAUUCCUGAACAAGAUAUAUUCAGAUUCAAAUUCUGAACAGCAGUCAAAGUGUAUUCAGAAAUAAGGAAGGCAACAAGCAAAAUGUGUUAAAUUUAAGCAGCUGAGCUGCUUGGACAUUUGAAAGAGCUAAUCUGUAGGGGCUUUUUUUUUUUUUUUUUCCUUUUUCUCCCCCCCCCCCCCACAUUGUGAUGGAUAUAGUAACCCUACAUUAUACAGGUGGCUGACACUCUUCCUAUGAAAAAGAAAUACAGCCUUCUAGACCAUGAAUUCCUUCUGAUUUGGAUUUGAAAAUCUCUGCUUAGCAAAGCAGUGGUCUUUAAUUACCAUCUGUUUAAGUGCUGAUUUAUGCAAACUGAAGAAAUCAUGCUUGGAAUUGCAUUAAUUAACAAUGAUAUUGGUAAAACAUUUGGCAAUAUAUUUCUUGUCAAACUUGCAUGCAAAAGAGCACCAGUAAUCUUUAGAAGCUGCAUAGGAGUUUGUAUGACACAAAGUUUGGUUUUGAAGGUGCUAAGAGUCAAAAGUUGAAUAAACAUACCAAUACUGAAGAAGGAAAGAGACAUUGCUCUUAAUUUCUGUUUUUAUUCCCUUUGUCAAGCAGUCAAAUACAGUAACUAAUACAAGAACUCAACUUCUCCUCUCUUUAUUUUAGAUUUGGGAAAAUUCCCUGCCAAAAAAAAAUAUCCUGGAAAAUUCACUAGUGUUUGUAGCUAACUAACCCUGGCUGUCUCCAGUCUGACAGAGUAUUCAAAUGGACUUGCUUCCUCCAUUAGUUAUAAGAUGUUUAAAAGCACAUCCUGUGUUUGAAUUGUGGAUGAGAGGUUCCCUUGGCAAUGUGAGGAGGAAAAUUCUUUCUACCCCUUUAUUAUUAAUUCACGGAUUCAGUGUUGGUUCGGCCUACAGGAGAAGUUAACUGGAAGUCUUUGAAGAUCAGUACCUUUGCUGAGAUUGUCCAGGGUUGCUUUUAAAAGAAGAUUUCACUGAUCAAGCCUGUAGAAGACUUUCAGCCCAAGAAGGAACAAAGCCAACUCUUGUCAAGAGUGAAGACAGUCCCUGUGGAGAGACAACGCUGACAACCUGAGCUUGUUCUAGGAAUUCAUUCAGCAUGUCUAACCAGGGAGAUGAUUGCUAUUUCUACUUCUAUUCCACGUGUAACAAGGGAGACAGCUGUCCCUUCCGCCAUUGUGAAGCUGCUCUAGGGAAUGAAACAGUCUGCACACUGUGGCAGGAGGGUCGUUGUUUCAGGAAUAUCUGCAGAUUCAGACACAUGGAAAUCGAUAAAAAACGCAGUGAGAUUCCUUGCUACUGGGAGAAUCAGCCAGUUGGCUGUCAGAAGUCCAACUGUGCAUUUCAUCACACCAAAGGACGUUACGUUGAUGGACUCUUCUUACCGCCAAGCAAAACUACGCUGCCAAGUCCACCUGAGUCUGCAGAAGAUGAUAUGAAAGCAGCUCAGAUAUCUCUGCAACAGAAUAAACUUUCUGUCCAGUCAAAUCCAUCUCCACAACUGAGAGGCGUAAUGAAAGUGGAGAACUCUGAAAAUGUCCCGAGUCCUACCCAUCCUCCAGUUGUAAUCAAUGCUGCAGAUGAUGAUGAAGAUGACGAUGAUCAGCUUUCUGAAGAAGGAGAGGAAACUAAAACACCUGUCCAGCAACCAGCUACAGAAACCCCUAAUGGAUUGCGGAUAAUUUCCACUAGGAAAUCCAAUGCUAAUACAAAACAAGAUGAGAAGUUGAAUUUUGGGAUAAAAACACUUGAAGAAAUUAAAUUGAAGAAACUGAAGGAAAGAGCAAAAAAACAAGGUGAAGGUCCUUCAGGAGUUCCUGUUCAUCCACUCCAAUCUCAGACUGUUCCUGUGCCAGAAAAGGAAAACGUACGGACAGUAGUCAGAACCGUGACACUAUCCACAAAGCAAGGGGAGGAGCCUGUAAUUCGAUUGAGUCUUGCAGAGAGACUGGGAAAACGGAAAGCUUCCACAGCUGAUGAAAGUGGCCUUCCACUGAAGCGCAGCCUUGCUGAAAGACUGGGGAAGAAGAUAGAGAGUCUGGAAAAUGCUGACAAAACACCAAAGCGAGUUCAAGUCCCCAGGUCUCUGAAGGAGAGACUAGGUUUGCCUUCUGAACAGACCAGUACAGAGACAGAGAAAGCUGCCAAGCCAACAGGAGAGAUCCACGUGAAAACUCUGGAGGAAAUCCGUCUUGAGAGAGCUAAUCAGAGACGAGGAGAACCUCAAGCUAAACCACAGACUGAAGGGCCUUGUAGAACAGAAAAUCCCAGCCCAGGGACAAGACCUUCCGCUGCAGUUCGCAUCAAAACUUUCUCAGAGGCCCUAGCUGAAAAAAAACAUAAGCAAUUGGAAGAAGAGAAGCAAAAAGCAGAAGAGUUGCCUGUCAAGGCAAAGGUUGAGGGUGAUCCCAAGAAGCAAAGCAUACUAGCUCCGUCUGUGCCUAGCAAAGUGCAGUUAGAAGAGCCGACAGGUAAAGCCAAGCCAGGAGGAGAGGUGCGUAUUAAAACCUUGGAAGAAAUCAAGCAGGAGAAAGCUCUGCGGAUGCAGCAGAGUGGAGAAAACGCUCCAGCUCCACCAGCCCAACCUGAACCUGCCCCAGCAGGGAGGAAAUUGUUGCGGAUCACAAAGCUAAUAGCACCCGGAAGAGAAGAGAAGAAGAUAGUAGAAGUGAGCAAGCCUUCUUCCAAAGCUGUCUCUUCACCUUCAGAGCCCUCUGACCAGAGUGCAACUAAUUCUAAAGUUCAGGUAAAGAGUUUUGAAGAGAUAGUGAGGGAGAAGCGGCAACUGAAACAACACCAAGAGGAGAAGCUUCAGAAGGAAGCAGCUACUGUGCCAUCUGCUGUUGAAAAAGCAAUCAAAACUCCAGCAUCUGGGAGUCCUGAAUCCACUGUGGUGUCAGGGCCAAACUGUCAGUUUACAAGGAGGUUAUUGGUGAAGUCUCAGGAAGAUGGGGUUGAUAGCCCAGGAAAGGAUGCUGAUGUACUACCAGGGAAACAGGCAGCUCAAUCUCUGGAACGGAAAGCUAAAACCAAAUCUAAGGUGAAUGUGAAGCUGUCGGAUGGGAAAGCUACCUCCCCUACAAAGCAGGCACUGAAACGUAAGGCAGCUGAGAGUCAUCCCUCUGCUGUGGCAGCUGUGAAACCAUUGAGCAGCACUGGUGGUGACAUGAAGGAGCCUCCAGCUAAAAAAGCAACUGUGGCUGUUGUUCCAGCCCUGCCAGAGGAUAGCCUGGUCACUAUUUCUGAAAGAGAAAAACCCAAAGACAGUGCUGAACCGCAUAUUGUAAGCCAGGCAGAUUCUGUGGCACAGUCAGAGGUCUCAAGCUCAGCUUCUUCACAAGCAGUGGUAAAGACACGCCGGUUAAGCUCCACAGGAGCUGGGAAAGCACCUUUAUCUGUAGAAGAUGACUUUGAGAAGCUUAUUUGGGAAAUCUCAGGAGGCAAACUGGAAGCAGAAAUUGAUCUGGACCCAGGGAAAGAUGAGGAUGACCUUCUACUUGAACUUUCUGAAAUGAUUGACAGCUGAACUGCAUAUUCUUCUGUUUUCAAAAAAAAAAAAUUAAAACUGUACAUUUUGUUGGAUACCCUGAGAUGAUCCUUUUUCUAGCUGAGGCUUUGCAAUGAGUCUUAAAGCACAUUUGAACUGGUAGAAAUUGGCAAUCUCUGCACUCAGUUGUCCUAAAUUUCCCUGCUGGUCAGAGUUCAAGUCCUGCGCAUCCGUUCUGUUACUAUUGGUGGCAACCUUCAAUGUUAAGAGGACAAAGCACUUCGUUAUUUCAGACCAGAAAGAUGCCCAUCUACAAGCUGUGGUGGUUGUGAAUUGAUCUACUGAGUCAGUGAUGCUCUGAAGGCUUACACUUAAAGCUUCUUUCCCUGCCCUGCCCCUUCCUUGGCAAAACACAGUAUUGGGUGUAUUUCAAUGUUUUUGGAUUCUGAUUUCUUGGACAGUUGAUACUAAAGCCUGGAGUUACUAUGUCAACUCUUGAUUUCUAUUUAUGUAUGCUAUCAUUUUGACUUUACUCUUUUAGGGCAAAUUCAUGAAAAUGAAGGGAUGGGAGGGAGCAGAAUAAUUGCUUCUAGCAUUUUGGACCAAACAUGCUGCCAAGGGUGAUGGUUGGAGUCAGUCCAUCCAGCCUUACUUCUCUUCAAUUAUCAGGGACAAUACAAUAUCAGUGUGAAAAGCAGCAGCUAUACAGUAUGGCUAGAAUAUCCCCCCCUUUUUUUUUUUUUUUUUUUUUUUUUUUUUUUUUUUGUACUGUAUCAAAGCUUGGGGGUUUGGUGCUUUUUGCUGAUGUGAACAGGAUGCUGGGGUGAGAAGUCAGGAUUCUUCGUGUAGUCUGCUGUGAAUCAGUAAAUGAAGAAUUGGUUUAAGUGCCUCUUGGUUCCAAGAAUCACUCCCCUGAGCUGCUGGAUCUUCUGCUGGGAAGUGACAGCUGCUAGGGUUAACCUUAAAACGCUGACUGUCAGCUUUAUUUGAACUCCUGUUGGCCGUGUGGCGUCUAUCUGAUGAUGUGGUUGUUGGCAUUGAACCAACAGGAGGUUGGUGCCCAGGCGAGCAGUCUUGAGACUUGGUACUGCUGUGGAACUGACUGUGCUCUCCUCUUUAGGCAUGUCCUAGGGAUCCUUUCCUCUCAUCUCCCUUUUACUUCCACCCUGCCAUUGAGGCUUGAGCUCCAUGUAGAAGUACUCAUUGGAGUCAGGAUUGGAGGUUACUAUCCAUCUGUAUGUGCAGUCUGAAAUUGUGACCCUGCAGAAAAUAGCUGAGACUGGGGUGUAUUGUGUACCCUGCCACCAGUGAUCAUUUUCCCUAGCAGAUAUAUUUUUUUAAUUAUUUUCUUAACUUUCUGGAGAACUUUAGUCUCUUCCCAUUAUCAUUUGUGAAGCUGUAGGGGCCCUCAGGCAUUUGCUGCUGGCAGAGGAAAAUGAUUUGUCUAGUUUAUUGUAAAUAUUUUUCUCUUUGGAAGAAAACACUUGUGUGCUUUGAUAAUCCACUGUGAUGUCUUAGUUCCUAGAGGAAACGUUUUGAACCAAAAUUGGAGAAGCCCGUUCUGAAGAAACUGCUGUUCUAGUUUCAGAAGGGUCACCAAGCUGGCACCUUCCUCCAAGGAGGGCAGGACACUGCUGACCCUUUAUCCUGCUGAAGGACUGUUUCGUGAUGCAACUUCUGCCAGCUCUGGCUGCUUGUGCACAGACAGAAGUGACUGAGAAGGAGAGGAGCACAUGUGAGAGACUGAUGUGGAAGCCUCCCCCCUUGCUUUUUCUCUCCCUGCUGUUGCUUAAGCAGAAUAUUCUCUUCUGUUGUCAGCCUUCUGACGGGAUUUUGUGUAUGCCGUUGUUUCUGUAAAUAUUUUAUUCUUUCAUUUUAUAUUUGUAUUCUAUUUAAGGUAUUGUAUUAAAUGUAGUUGGCCCUCUUCCACGUUCACCAUUAGUUGAACUGUUCUACGUGAUGGCAGUUACAGGUGUUUUUAAAUAAACCUGGCGCAGGAAA